AUGAGGAGCCAAGCCACUCAGAACACCACACACAGGACUCGGGAGAGAUACACCUCAGUGGAGUGCAACAAGUCGUCAUUACUUGUAUGUAUCAUCUAUCUCUAUCCAGCUCUUAUUGACAAUUUCCCUCAAGCCAUUCGCACAACCGAUCUUCAGCAGGAGCGGCCUGCCACACCCAUACUUCCGUUAUCGCCAAAUCAGCUUUUUCAUCGAGCACAGCGGUGUUUGGAGAGAGAUGAAACCUGUGCCUUAGAUGAAGUGAUAUCCCUUUAUUAUGAUGCACUGGGAUACUACAAUACCGGACAUGCUUACCGAGGGCAAUUGCUAUGUAAUGCGGCUACGAUGCUGCAAAUUCGCUUCGAGCGUCGAGGCAAUGGCAAAGACUUGGAUCAGGCUAUCACGCUUCAGAUGGAAGCGCUGGCCUUGCACCCAGUCGGUCACACAGAUUGGUCCACGUCAUUAAAUAACCUCGUGACCCACCUCUUCUCCCGCUUUGAGCAUCGAGGCAACGACGAAGACUUGGAUCAGGCUAUCGCACUUCACAGGGAAGCGCUGGCCUUGCACCCGGUCGGUCACGCAAAUCGGUCCAUUUCAUUAAAUAAUCUCGCAAAUCAACUCUCCUACCGCUUUCAGCACCGAGGCAACGACGAAGACUUGGAUCAGGCUAUCGCACUUCACAGGGAAGCGCUGGCCUUGCGCCCGGUCGGUCACACAGGUCGGUCCAAGUCAUUACAUAACCUCGCCAAUCAACUCUCCGCCCGCUUUCACCACCAACACAAUAGAGAAGACCUUGAGGAGUCACGAGAGAACCUCCGUUGUGCAUUGGCUCUGAUGAUGCAACAUGAUCCUCGUCAAUUACCAGUCCAUAGGGUGCUGGCUAGCGUUUGUUUGUCGUUCUAUCGUUCAAGCCUUGGCGAUACCGGCGCAGCUGAAGAUACCGAUAGUCUGAAUACUGCCAUGCAUCAUCUCAAGGCAGCAGCAAGUACUGUCUCUGGAGGCUUGCGAUCCCGCCUGCAAACAAGUCUGAUUUGGGUCGGUCAAGCUUCUCAAUAUUCACAUCCCACUGAACUGGAGGCAUAUGCAACUUCCAUCCAACUUCUGGACGCUUAUAUGUCUACAACAUCUUCAGUAUCGUCUCGUCACAAUAUCAUGAAGGACUUCCCAAGUACACUUGCCGUUGAUGCUGCAUGCUGUGCUCUUUGUAGUGAUGAUGUGUGUCGUGCUGUUGAGUUGUUGGAAGAAGGCAGGACUAUCAUCUGGACCCAGAUGACACGACUCCGCACCCCUCUUGACAGCCUUCAGACUCACGGCGAUCAUGCAGUAGUCCUGAUGAAGAGAUUCAGAGACCUCAGCUCCCUCCUUGAUAAACCUCCUGCAAACUAUUCAGAAGGUAACUCAAGAAUCGAUAUAGAGGCAGAGGAAACCCGGUACAGACGUCUAGUAGAGGAGUGGAAUAGAGCUGUAGAAGAGAUCCGGAAGAUUGAAAGCUUCUCUCGCUUCCUCCUUCCCCCCUUGUUCUCCGAUCUUCAAGAUGCAGCUCGUGAUGGGCCUGUUAUCGUGCUCAUUGCAAGCGAGGCGUCGUGCCACGCCAUCAUUAUCCUGCACAAGCAACCUCCGACUAGCAUUCAACUCCCUACCGAUUGGCAGAAACUCGUCAAAUUGGUACUAGCACUCCGAGAGGCAGUUAAAAAAGAGCCCGGUCCUAAAGGAAACCAAACAGCGCUGAUCAAAGCUUUGAGAGAGUUGUGGGACGGUGUGGUCGGUCCGGUGGUCGAAAGUCUGGAUGGAAUCGCACGACCAGGUUCCCGACUAUGGUGGUGCCCAACGUCUCUCUUCAAUUUUUUGCCAUUACAUGCUGCUGGCGAGUACAGGCCAAAGGGAAAGUCCCUUUCGCAGCAGUAUAUCUCUUCAUACACGCCAUCGCUCACCGCGCUGAUCAAGGCUCGCAGAAGUCGUGAAAGGUCCUUGUCGGUGCCCUUCGUUGCCAUCGGUCAGGAUUGUCCAGCUGGUGCCUCACGCAAAUUGGAUGCUGUGGAGCCUGAGCUGGAGUUGGUGCGGGGACUUUUGCCUCCUCCCCCUACUGUUUCUUUUUCCAAGGUCACCAGUGUUGAUGCCACGAAAUCAAGAGCACUGUGUGCAUUGCGGGACAAUACUUGGCUCCAUCUUGCGUGUCACGGGACACAGAAAGUUGACGAACCCUUCAAGUCAGCCUUUCUUAUGCGCGAUCAGCCGCUUUCGCUCCUCGAUAUCACGCAAACGGAUCUGUCUCGGCAUGAAUUUGCAUUUCUUUCAGCCUGUGAGACCGCAGUCGGUGACUUUCAUACGCCCGACGAAGUGAUACACCUAGCGGCUGGCCUGCAAUUUGCCGGGGUUAACAGCGUCGUGGGGACAAUGUGGAAGGUCACCGAUAGUACGGUGCAGCACUUAGUCAAGGCAUUCUACAAAAACUUAUGUGGGGAUGGCCCAAUGAAUUCCAAACGAGCUGCCUGGGCGCUGCACCGAGCGGUCCAGUCGUUGGCUCGUGACGAGGACAUCAUAAUGCCCUUGGACCAGCGCAUAGUGUUCGUGCAUAUUGACAUAUGAUCAGUUCACAUCCAGUCAUAGCCACGCCACACCCAAUUUUGACUUCAAUUUUUAUUUAUUUUCCACUUUGUUGCCUCGCUGAAGUUAACUGAUCUGAAAAUGUACACUCAAUCUGUAUUUUUCAGUUUGUUGCCUUGAGGCCAGAGUUGCGCCAGAUGUUAUCGCCCCUAAGAUGCACUCAGGCUGACGAUUUACGGGUAAGUUGCACGAUGCAUAACACUCCAUGUGGCAAGACACAAUUUGCUAUGGACGUGAUAGUCAAGGGUCUGAAUUGCGUGAGGGCGUUGGAUUUUCUCCCACCCAUCAUGCAGCACAGAAUGCGAUAUUUAUGUCAAGAACCUUGGACCCAGUGGCAGUAUGAUAGAUAGAUCAUGGACGAUGAAAACAUGUAGUCGUUAGUUCUCUUUUCGAAAUAGAUGUUCUGGCCUGCUGUCUCCUG